AUGAAGACGCUGGCACUGCUCUCACUGAGCCUGGCAGUGGCUCUGGGUUUGCCAACCUUUGUUCAAGAUGAGGCACAAAAUCAUCCUGAUUUACCUCAAGAAGAACAGAGCCCUCUGCUGGGAGAUCUGCUUCCUGCACAGGGUCAUGUGGUGGUGGAAGAUCCUGCACCACAAGGCAGGCUCGGAUCCGAGGACCAGCAGGAAAAAGUGGCUCAAGUUAAGGAGGAGCCAGAGGUUAAACCAGAGUCAGAAGUUAAGAAGGAUCCAGAGGUUGAACCAGACCUAGAAGUUAAGGUGGAGCCAGAGGUUAAACUAGAGCCAGAAGUUAAGAAGGAUCCAGAGGUUGAACCAGACCUAGAAGUUAAGGUGGAGCCAGAGGUUGAACCAGAGCCAGAAGUUAAGGAGGAGCCAGAGGUUGAACCAGACCUAGAAGUUAAGGUGGAGCCAGAGGUUGAACCAGAGUCAGAAAUUAAGGUGGAGCCAGAGGUUGAACCAGAGCCACAGCUUGAAGAUGUCUCAAACUUCAUGGCGGUAUCAGAGGAAGCGGAGCCUGAAAUGAAUCCCGAGGAUGAAGCAGUCCGAGAGGUUGAAGAGAAGUUCAAGGUGCAAAUGAGCCUGGAGCCAGAGACUGAAACAGGUCAGCAGUUAGUCAAGAGGCACGUUGACAUGGAGACAAUAUCACAUGAAGUGAUGGUCGAGCCGAUCAUGGAGCUGGAGCCACUGGAUGACGACGACAACAUGCUUGGAAAUGACUUGGAGCUGUCCGAGAAGCAGAGGAACUUUGAAGAACCAAUAAUGGAGCUGGAGCCUGAGACGAGGCAAGAAGAGGUCAUCCCAGAGGCUGCCGUCAUGGAAGAAGGGCCGGCAUUGGACAUUAACGGACAGCCAAUGCCACCUUUAGAGGAGUAUUUCCCCAAUGAGGAGGCGAGGAUGGAGCUGAGUUCAAUCAUGGACCAACCAGAGAGUGAAUAUCUCAGAGAGGAGGAGCCUCUGCCCUAUGAGGAGCCAGCACUGAUGAGGCAGGAACAAGACAACCAAGCCAGUGGGCUGCGCUCUUGUCCUGGAGUGUCAUAUGAGGGGAAGUGUUACGAGUUCUUCAGAGGGCCAAAGAAGGCUGUGGAUGCCGAGUUCUUCUGCCAACAACAAUUCCACGGUGGGCACCUGGCCUCCAUCACAAGCCGCAACAUCCACGCAAAGAUAAUGAACAUGAUGAGCCAGCAAUACGGGAGAUCUACACGCACCUGGGUCGGAGGACUCCGAUAUUUGGAUAGCGGUCGCUUUGUCUGGUUGGAUGGAUCCCGAUGGACCUACGCUGACUGGCUUUCAGGGGAGCCCAACCACACAUCAAAUCUGGAGGACUGCAUCGAAGUGUUGCCAAGUGGGAAGUUCAACGACUUCACGUGUUGGGAACCUCAAGCUUUCAUCUGCUCCUAUCCUCAGUGAACGUGCAGGGAGCUCGUGUCAUGCUUCUUCUUUCAUCACACAAUCCAUCAGAUACUAGUGGAACAUCAGGACGAAACAUGUUGUACAUUAUAUUAAAGUGUGGUUUUAUUUGUUUUUGAUAAGAAGAUAAUAUCCUGUAAAUAAAGUGAUAUUUAUUCUCAAGCUUGUUGUGAUUCUUACUAAAGCUAAAGCAUAUAAAGUAAGUGUGCACUCAUGAUUAUAUAAACUGUGCAAUGGAGAUAUUUACUUCAACAUUUUCUAUUUCUUUUAUUUAUUUCGUUUCAUAUCUGAUCCAUGUUUAUUACUUUUUUUCCUAAUGUUUGUUAUUGCACAUCUUAUAAAGUAUGCAACUCCUGAUUUCA